UGGCUUUCAUUAGCAGACAGCUAAACUUCUCUUUUGCACAAAAAUAGAAUUCUUUUUAAUGUCAUGAAAAUGGCCAGCGCUACGAGAACCUGGGCUAUGGUAAAUAAGCAUAUACCCAUGAUUAAAUUUCGAAGAGCAUCAGCUGGUAAUCAUGAGCACGGAGCGGUUGUGCAGCCAGUUAGUGCCACGAAAACAAUGAAUUUGAAUAAGCCUUCUAUCAAACCUACUCCAACUGUCAUUCUAGAGGAUUGGCAGCUUACUGGCAGGUAUAAGAGAAAGCCAAUCUCACAGGAGGAAAUAGACUUCAUCAAUAGAGGAGGCCCACAGUGAUUUAUUUACAAAACAUUAGUUACUACCAAUGUAUUUUAGAGUAUUGAAAAAAUAUGUACUAAUUCUUCUUUGCCAGACUCUGCAAAUAAAUACCUAGCCCUUUUUGUACUGCA